AUAAGAAUGAUGUGCAUGUAGGGAUAGGGAGCUACUCUUAGCUUACGUAUAUUUAAAUGUAGCAACUUACUGCAGUAAAGUUAGUAGGCAAAACAGCUGCAAAUAUGACACAGGAUAAACGGGGGAAGCUUGGUGCCAGAACAAAUUAUACCUCAGCAAAGUCAAAAACUUGUGAUCAAAGGGCCAAGAAGAAACUUUCUGCCACUCUGCUGAGCCUUUUGGACACUGAGGACGACCUCUCUAAUAUCCAGUGGGGAUCAGUGCCUUUAGAAGUACAGGACUGGCUGACUGUUACCUUCGCAAGGAAAAAAGAGGCGUACAGUAUCAGACCUGAGGAUCAGCCAAGCAUUCGAACUAUUUCAUAUGCAGUCCAGGCUAGUGUUUUGGUAAAAAGGAUGUUCCGUACACCCACCAGUGCAAGUGGUUUGGCUUAUCCAGAGAAAGUAAUUGCAGCUUUUAAGGACAUUGAUAAAUGGGAUUUUGAUGUAUUUGCCUUAAAUGAAACUUGUGAAGGGCACAGCUUAAAAUACCUGAUGUGUGAUCUGUUCAACAAGUAUGAUCUUCUGAGACAAUUCAAGAUCCCGAUUACCUGCCUGAUUUCAUUUGCAAGUGCUCUGGAAGUUGGCUACAGCAAGCACCAAAAUCCAUAUCACAAUGUGAUCCAUGCUACAGACGUUACCCAAACUGUGCAUUGCAUAAUGCUUCACACUGGUAUGAUGCAUUGGUUCACUGACCUGGAGAUAUUAGCAAUUCUUUUCAGCACGUCAAUCCAUGAUUAUGAACAUACUGGAACCACAAACCAUUUCCAUGUUAGGACAAGGUCAGAAAUGGCACUUUUGUACAAUGAUAAAUCAGUUCUUGAAAACCAUCAUGUGAGUGCUGUUUACCAGCUCAUGCAAAAUGAAGAUAUGAACAUCUUGGUCAAUUUAACCAACGAGGAAUGGAGGGAAUUGCGCCGGCUGGUCAUUGAGAUGGUUUUAGCUACGGACAUGUCACAUCAUUUCCAGCAAAUGAAAUAUCUGAAACACGUUCUGAAAUGCCUUCAGCAUGUAAAAAGGACAGAUAGAGAUAAACUCAUGUCCAUGAUUGUCCAUGCAGCUGACAUAAGUCAUCCAUCAAAGCCCUGGAAAUUGCAUCAGCAAUGGGCAAAUGCACUAAUGGAUGAAUUCUUCAAGCAGGCUAAAUAUACCCAGCUCCUUCAAGCGCUCCUUGGAGACAAGGAGGCUGAAUUAGGAUUGCCUAUUUCUCCACUCUGUGAUCGUGGGACUACCAAUAUUGCUGAAACUCAAAUAGGCUUUAUUGAUGUCAUAGUGAAACCAAUUUUUUCUCUUAUAAUUGAAGCAGCUGAGAAAAUUGUUGAGCCUCUUAUAUAUGAAGCUUUUGAAACUGGAUGUUCCUCUAGCAGAGAUUCUGGGUAUUUUUCUGGAUCAGGGUCAAUUGAAGAUGAAAAUAAACCAAAACUUAGUGGGAACAGUUUUGAAGAGGAAGAAAACUUUAGUCCGGGAAGCGUCAAAAGUGAAAGUGGGACUUGCACAGAGAGAAAUCUCUUAAUUUCAUUGGAUAUAGCAAGCUUUGAAGAACACUUGGUGCAUAAUAUUGAAGCAAACAGAAAAAAGUGGAAAGAGAGCCAGGAGCCCAAGAGCAAAGAAUCACCAAUGAAAGAAAGUAACAAGGCCAAAGACAAAGUAAGUAAAGAUAAAAAAGAGGGGGGGAAACCCCAGAAAACAUCAAAGCCCAAACACCAUCCUUCAAAGUCCAAUAAACUUUGUAUUGCACCACAAAGUCCUACCGUUUGCGAUUGUGAGCUUUGCCACAACAGAGCAUUUGAGCCAAUGGAUGUCAGCUUCAUCGUUUACAACGCAGGUGCAUCAGAACUGUUUCAGCCACAGCCGGAUGAUGAGGUCAUGGAUGUCACAGAAUCAUAUGAGGAAUUGGUGGAUAAUAAAAGUUCCUGGAGGAAAACUGCUGGCCAGGAUACAGAUAAAAACAUAUACGAGAUGAGAGGCAUGGUUCCAAAAACAAAACCUCUGCGUCCUAAUGAAAGCGAUGAUGUGAUCAUUGAGGAAUUCAUACCAGAUGAUCCUGAGCCCCCAAAAGAAAGUGAACACCUUGCCGUCCCUGAUCACAAUGGUGCCCAGCUGUCACCUGGUCUUGGCUUUAUGUCAGAGCUAACCAAAAGUGAAGUCGAUUUCUUUUCCCUGUGGAACGAAGAAAUUAUGAGACGUGCUGCGGAGCAGCAGAAACAAGACCAAAGCAGAAUGGCUGCUGACGCUGCGUUACAGGUGACAAUAUCAGCAAAACAAAAUGAGGGUUGUCAAGCAAACUCAGCUGAUCAAAACUUUGUUCUACAAGUAAUCUCUAUUGACACCCCUAUUGUAACAAACAGGACAGAAUCAGGACAACAUUGUGACCCAUCCCAGAAGGAAGUUGCCAAUACUUCUGCCCUAAAGCAAGAUAUCACCACGCCAUCAAAUGCAUGCCAACAAAAUGAAACAACCCCACGUGGAGCUGGAGCUGCAGCUGUAUCUGUCACAUCCUUGAGCUAUGGGGUAUUUAAAAUUCCCCAGUAGAUUAUUGAUCUAACUGGUAGGCUAAGAUUGCACUGUCUUCAAGCUUAACAGAAACCAAGACCUGAUCAAAUACAAGGCACCUGACUCAAACAUAGAACUUCUGACUGCUGAAUGUUCAAAAGUUUAGGGGGAAAUGCUUAUUGUGAGAUCAGUUGACAGAAAUCUGAAACACGCAUUGGUCGCUACAGAAUAGGUAGAGGUAAUUCUUAAUAAACCUUCUUAUUGGUGGAAAUGAAACCCACCUCUUCCCCUU